AUGAGUAAUGUUCUUGACAGUGCCACCGAUACAUACGAUCCAGUGGUGAAAACGGUAACGGAAGAAGACGCAGUACCAGUGAUGAUGACGUUCAAGAAGUUCUUGGCAACGCAGGAUGAUUCGAUAACCGAUGAGGAAGCAAUUGCGAAAUAUUCGGAAUACAAACUCGAAUUCAGACGACAGGAACUGCAGAAAUUCUUCACGGCGCAUAAGGAUGAGCAGUGGUGGGUGAUGAUGAUGAUAAAACACUGCUAA